CCAAACCAAUUCCCAAUGCUGAUUGACCAAAUCUGUUUACUUGUCGUUCAGGAUCCAAUGUUGCAGAAUGGGACUCCAGUGGAGACAUCAAGCCCUGCCUCUUCCUCAUCACUCCUCAAUAGACUACAACUUGAUGAUGAGCUCGAUGGUGAAACUAGAGAUCUAUUUGUUACAGUUGAUGACCCAAAGAAACACGUGUCUGCAAUGGAGACGUACAUCACGUACAGAGUUGGCACAAAGACCACCAGAAAUGAAUUUGAUUUACCCGAGUACACAGUACGACGCAGAUACCAGGAUUUUGAUUGGUUGCGGAUUAAACUGGAAGAUUCACAGCCAACGUAUAUCAUACCACCUUUGCCAGAAAAAUUUGUAGUGAAGGGUGUUGUGGAUCGCUUUUCAGAAGACUUUGUGGAGACUAGAAGGAAGGCAUUGGACAAGUUUCUGAAAAGAAUCUCAGAUCAUCCUGUUCUUUCCUUUAAUGAUCAUUUCAAUGUCUUUCUUACAGCAAAGGUACCUGGUUUAAUUCUCAUCUUUGAGUAGCUUGGUGGGUUGUAC